AUGAGGAUACCAGUGGUAGCAGCACUACUUGUAUUUCUUGUGUCAUCCACGGCCAAUGGUCUCAACAUUGCGCCAAUCAGCCUUGGGAGGAUCGACGCAUCCGGCCUUGGAGAGGGAUUUGACUUUUAUGACUUUCAUACUCUGGAGAUUCAGUUGUAUACCACCUUACCGGUCUGGACGAUUCUCAACACGCGCACAACAGACACGCACUUUGUGGGAGAGUCCAAUGAUGGCAUGGUCUUUUGCGACUUGUUCCGGUACAUUAGCGAGACCACAGACUAUUCGGUGUUGAACGGCAGAUGUCACGACAUUGAGGAUGGCCUUCCGUUGGGGGAGCCACUGCAGCUUUCAUGGCAGCAACUCUCUCAGUCCGAGAGUUCUUGGUCCUUGAUGCAACAAUAUCUUCGAGCGCAAUGGGAGGCACAAAUGGAUUCGUUAUCUUCCUGGAUGAGAGGAAGCAAAUAUGAAGAUGUCGUGAUUGAUGUCAUGGUUAUCUGGAGUGAGAACUGUGAAUGUGCAAGGUCCCUACUGGGCGUCGAUUGUAAUUUGUCAUCGAGAACCAGGGCCAAUAUGGAAGGUGGGGUGCAAGCUGUCAUUUUGGACACCAAUGUCAUACACAGAAACUCGGACACGGGUGUUACCUUUUCGUUGGUGCAUAUGCAGCGAGACUCAUCGGGAUACCGUGAAACGACAUCCUCCCAAACGCUUACAGAUCUUGCGUUACCACUGGCAAAUCCGGAACUUCGCUACAUCCAGAAUCUCAGACACAUCCACAAGGCUGAUUUUGUGUCUUUUGCGAUUGAUAUUCGGUUGGAUGCUGAAGGUCUUGGUGGAAUGGCCCUGGGCGUCAAUCUCGGAUGGCCUUUCCCCGCAACUCCUUUGCCGUGCCUCGGCUAUACGGUUUUCUCUUCUCAGAGGAUGUUUGAUCAGGACUUUGUCCCCGCGCAUGAAUGGGGUCAUACCUUGGGAUGCGCCCAUGACAGAGGAACGCAAGAUGACUGCGAUCCGGCUCAUAAGAACAAAUUUUACGGAUUUCGCUCUCCGUCCGGGACCUUCCGCACCGUGAUGGCUUAUCCUUGUACAUCAGGAGAAUGCGACAAUUAUCAAGGCGAUGGAGACUGUUUUGCCAUUCCCUACUGGUCUGGCGAUGCCUCCUGGAGCAAAACGGGAGAAUCCCUGGGUGGGGCAGGCAACUCCUGCAGAGACGAGAUCCGAAAGAACAAGAAAGCCAUUUCUCGGUAUCGCCAGUGA